AUCUGAUUAAUCAUCAAUGUCAACAGUUAUCUAUCAGCUUUAUUUUCUACUGUUUCGUUUCAUAACACUUGUUAGAAUUGAUAAUAAAUAAUUCGUAUAUAUUUGUUGUAAUGUUCUUGAAGUAGCGCGAAAUAAUUGUAAUUAACUACCAAAAUGAGUACCAUGGAUGAAAUAGAAGAUGAGGCGAAAGCAGCUGCCGAAAAAAUGGUAAUGAAUAUGAUGCAGAGACCGGGACAGCUAGAAAAGGUGGAACAUUAUAAGAAAAGAAUAACUCACAAGAAGGCAUCAAUAGAAGCUCAACUAAAAUCAGCAGUACAAGGCAAGCUGGAUGGUGUCAGUGUUGGUUUGAAACAGUUACAAGAGUGCUUAGAAGAUGUGCAACAAGUCAGUCUGAAGAUGGAUGAAUUAGAAGAGCUAUUAAAGAGUGUACCUCCCCUGGUAGCAUCACUGCAAGCAGUAAGGGAAGAAGAUUCUCGUCAUUCCCAGUAUGUUACUGCCAUGGACAGUCUCAAACACAUAUUCACUGUGCCGGAGAGUGUGGCUAAAACUAAACAAUGGAUAGGAGAAGGGAAACUUCUACAUGCACAUCAAUGUCUAAAUGAUUUGGAAAACUCCAGGGAUGAUCUGCUAUAUGAACUGCAUAGAUUACCUAACCAAUCUUCACAUGACAAAAUUAUGCUAAAAGCUUAUUUUGAAGAUGUUGAAAUGGUGUCCAAUUUGCUUGAGAAACAGAUAAAGCUGAUUUUAGCCAGAACUUUGAAUACUGUUCGUAAAGAGCCCACAGUUAUUGUGACAGCCUUGAGAAUUAUAGAGAGGGAAGAGAAAAGGGAUCAGAUGGCACUACAGCAACAAAGUCAAACUGGAUUUAUGCCACCUGGCCGGCCUAAAAACUGGCGUGCCAAAGCCUUCGAAGUUUUAGAAUGUGCUGUAGCACAGCGUAUAGAAGGUACACGCGUGGACGAGCGCGAGAAUAACAAACUGUGGUUGGUACGAUAUCUGGAACUCACUAGACAACUCAUACUAGAAGAUUUGCGAGUUGUUAAAACAUUGUGUGUACCUUGCUUUCCACCACAUUAUGAUAUUGUAAACAAGUAUGUCAAUAUGUAUCACAUUUGUUUAUCUGCAAGUCUUCAAGAUGUAGUUACAGGUGGGAUAGAAGGAAAUGAAUAUGUUACACUUUUAUCCUGGGUUUUAAAUACCUACCCUGGCAAUGAAUUAAUGGGCAGUUCAGAAUUAAAUAUUGAUGUAUCAACUUUACCACCUUUACUUAGUAAGGAAACAAUGCAAAAGUUACAAGAUGAAUACCUGCAGAAAAUGGAAUCCAACUAUAUGGAAUGGAUGGAGAAGACUUUGGAGUCAGAGCGAGCAGAGUGGGCGGGGCAGCGCGCGCCUGAAGUGGAGUCGCAUUCUACCGCAUACCACACGCAUGCGCCCGUCAUCAUCUUCCAAAUGAUUGACCAGAACUUGCAGGUCACUGAAACUAUAAGCAAAGAAAUAACGUUUAAGGCAUUGCUCCUUAGUAUUGAUCAAGUUACACGGUACGGGAAUAUGUACAGAGAUGGAGUCAUACAGUUUAAGAACGCCCACUUCGCGGAUCGUUCGCGCGUGGCAUACUUCACUCACCACAUGAUCACGAUCGUGAACAACAGCGAGCAGAUGGUCCGGCUGGCGCAGCAGACACAGGCGCGGCACUGGCCGGCUGGCAGACACGACCCACCCGCCGAGGCCAAGUUCGAUAAGAUGCUUAACACCUUCCAGAAUUUAAGAGACGAAGCUGCCCAAUUUCUUCUUGAGGAAGCAUUCCUUGACCUGGAAGUGCACUUUGAUGACCUAUUUACAGCGAAAUGGUUGCCGUCCACCAUACCAGUGGACACUAUUUGUAUAACACUCGACGAUUACUUCCAAGACUACAAUCAUUUGAGAGAUAAAAAUUUUGAGUAUGUUAUAAACGAAGCUCAAAACUUGGUGUAUAAGAAAUAUAUUACAGCAAUGUUGUCCAAGAAAGUGGCCUUCAAAAACGUGGAGGAAGCCCAGCAAGCUGCCACUAAAAUAGUCAAGGAGGCGAAUCAAAUCAGAUCGUUCUUUAAGAAAAUAGCACCAGAGGGAGUUAAUGUAGAUUGGCCCUUUGAAGUCAUCAGUAUGCUGGCAGAGGUGCUGCGCUGCCAGGACGUGGAGAUGCUGUCGCUGGACCUGCACAGCGUGGUGGCGAAGUGCCCGGACAUGUCGGAGGAGCAGCUGGUGCGGCUGGUGUGGCUGCGCGGCGACGUGCCCCGCGCGCGCCUGCGCGACACCGUGGCCAUCGCGCGCGCCAGCAGGCCGCCGCCCCGCGCCAACUCGCACCCCUCGCUCUUCAAACACAUCACCUUCAGCGACCGACUGCUCUCACACUUCAAUCUAUAGAACAACCACCUCAACUUUACCACUACAUGUAUUAUUCAUAUUUAUACAUCGUUUUCUAUUACAUAAUCUGAAAUACAUUAUAUCGCAAUGCUGGUCAUAAAUAUCAGCCCCUGACUUAGUUUGAAACUAGUCGAACAGUUACAUGAAUAAGCCGUUAAACCAAAAUUAUAUUUUUCAUAUGUCACAAAAGUGUACCUUAUACUGUCAUCAGCAAGUGUUUUUAUUUAUUUAAGAAAAUCAGUAAGAACUGUAGUUAGACAUAUAGCACAUUCCGAUAAAUAUACAACUGUAAUACAGAAUGGAAAGGUAUCUUUCAACUGAUUGGUGUAGUUGAUAAGUCUGCUUGUAUAUUACAUUUUAUAAUAAGGAAAUAUAACUAAGUUAUAAUUAUUUAUAUGCAUAAAUGUAUAGAUAAUGUAUCAAAUAUAUUUUAUUAAAUUA